GAUCCAGAUGACGAUAAAGAUAUCCAAAACACCGUCUCAUCAAGGUGAUGCCUCAUCUAUCGAUCUCCAGUAUUGCAACAACAUAUAACGAGGAAGAGUUGACGUCCAAUCAAUCAAUCAAUCAAGCGAGAAAAGAUAAUGGUGGUACCAUCUCAGUUAGUAUUAUCUGCUACCAAGAGGAGCUUGUCGUCGAGAGUACAACUUCGAACUCCAUUCUACCCUUGCUGCUGCGUCUUCCCUCAAGCUGCCAAACGAAGAUACCUCUCCAGUUCCGAACAAGAAUCCAAAAACAGUGAGAAUCAGGAGCAACAUAAUAAGAAUGAUAAUUCCAAGAGCCAACCAAAAGUGGCUCUGAUAAUGGGAGUGGCCAACCACAGAUCCAUUGCCUGGGCAUGUGUGCAGGAAUUUCAACAACAGGGGUAUCAGGUCCUUCUCACAUACCAAAAUGAUAGGCUACGGCCCUCCAUUGAAAAACUCAUUGCUACUACUACCAGCAAAAAGAACCACCAUCCCAUUCAUGCCUUGCCAUGCAACGUGGAAACGGAUCUACCAAGACUCUUUCAAGAACAAAUUCCACAAGUGCUACAGGAGAUAUCAUCACAACACCAACAACAGCAAUCCUUACAGUUGGACAGCAUUGUCCACUCGGUGGCGUUUGCGCCCUUUGACAAUCCCGACAAUCCAAAGUUGUACUUGUCGGAAGCGUCCUGGCACGAUUAUCAAAUGGCAAUGCACACGUCGGCAUACUCCCUCGUCGAAACGGCUCACUACGCCAAACACGUCAUGAAUUCACAUACCAGUACAACAGCCGCCUCCAUUACAGCCCUCACAUACUUGGGAUCCACCCGGGCCGUCCCCCAUUAUUACUUGAUGGGACCCGCCAAGGCGGCACUGGAAGCCAACAUGCGGGCGUUGGCAUUGGAACUCGGGCACUACUACAUUCGUGACGACAAUCCUCAUUCCAUUCGCGUCAAUGCCGUCAGUGCCGGACCCGUCCGCACAUUGGCGUCGCGGGGCAUUCCACAUUUUACCGAAUUGUGGCAACAUGCCCAAGAAACGGCACCGUUGAAACGCAACGUGACAGUGGCGGAAGUGGCUCAUGCGGUACGAUUUCUCGCCGAGGCAUCGGGGAUUACGGGCCAAGUCCUCCAUGUCGAUGGUGGAUACAGCAGUGUCGUGCCAGUGUAAUAAUAAAAUAAAAAAGCACAUUUGUAUCAUC